AACAAAAAGUCAAAAACAGAAGAAGAAGAAAAGAAGUGCGGUUUUCCUUUCCUUUCCCUUCCCUCCCUGUCAAGAAUCUCGUGAGACCUCGCUGAAAAUGGCUACGGCCGCUUUCAAAUCCACUUCCAAACGAGGAACUUCCACCAACGCUACAAAUCCCAAUUCCAGGGAAAAUCCUACUCCCGCUUCCUCCUCUUCCUCCAAACCGCUCCGACGCCGAUCUUUAAGCGUUAGCGCCAUUUCUCGGAGCACCUCUCAAGAUGCUUCCUCGGAGUUCUCCAACAAGAGGGAUAAUCCUUUGUUCUGGACCUCGAAUUCCCCGCCCGGCGAUCAUGUUGGAAAUGAGAAGGAAAUCGGAAACGAAAAAGAAACAGAAAAAUCCGCUGUCGAUGGAUUUGGUAUCGGUAAAGUUGCUUCGGGUUCUUCCAAGUCCAGGACUCCCAAUUCUGCGGCUGAAAACAGAGGGCGAUCGACUACUAGAAGUUCUGGGGGUGUCAGGAAUGGGAUUGGGAGGAGUGUGUCGCGGGUACGGGGUCGGUCUGUGUCGAGAGGGCACUAUGGAUCUGCUUAUGAGAGUGAAAAGGAGCAAGAGUUGAUUUUAUUAAAAAAUUCUAAGCAAAGUAGAGAGUUGAAACAGGUUGCUAAUAGUUUCAAAGGGUCUACACUAGUAGAAAAGAAUACUGACACCUGUGGUCGGGUAAAUCGCUCAAAAAUAGCAACAGUCCGAGGUCAAGGGAUUGAGUGUUCAGAAGAUGAUUCUGCUUAUAGCCAGCAAAUUUCAGCUUGGGAAGAUGGAAUUUCAAUAGGUUCUUUGUCUGAAGCAGAAGACAAAAUUAUCAAAGCUUCUGAGCAGUUGAAGUCUUUUAGAGAUGGCCAUUGGGUUAAUGAUACUGCUGCUAGUGGAAUAUAUGAAACUGUUCGUGCUGAAGUGAGACGUGCUAUCAGUGAUAUUCAAAGUGAUCUUCAAAGUGUUAUUCAAAGGAACAAUGUCAAUACCAUUUCUAGCAACGGUGCUGCCAAUAUUCCUCCAAACUCGAACCCUGCAUCUGUUGAAUUAGUUCUAAACAUCAGAAGAGAAUAUUCCAGAAAGCUUGAGGAGUCUGAAGAACGGACUAGACAGUUACAAGCAGAUUUGGCUAUAGAAGAGCAUCGUGGACAGGAGUUGAAUAGAAUUCUCAAGGAGAUAGUACCUGAUCCAAAGAAAAAUUCUCCUCAGAGAUCUCGGAUUGGAAGAAGACGGAGCAAUGAAAGAAAAAAGAUGACGCAACGUCUUUCUGAAGAUGCAAUGGCCUACUUUGAUCACUUUGAUGAAUGCGUUUCCAUAUCAACUUUUGAUAGUUCUGACUUAUCAGCACCGGAAGAUCCACCUCACAGCUCAAUUGGAGCUACCUCAGUCAGCCGGAGUCUGUUUGAACCCCAAGGAAGCAUGGAUAGUUUUUCUGCCAACAAAAAGUUGCAGAUACUUGGUGGCAUUGAUCUAAUGGGUGGCAAUGAGGGUUCCGGUUUAACAGCUGCAGCCAGCAAUAGCAAAGAGCCUGCUUUACUGCAGGGAGAGCAAGUUCAGUUCUCUUUCACGCAAAAAUCACCAAAACCUUCAGGAGAUGACGGCAUUAGGAGUUGUAUAAAGCGUUUUGAAAGGGACGCCUAUAAAGAUGCAAUUGACUCUGAAAUCAUCGUAUCACACUAUGAUGCAAGUGAAUACAAAUUGCAGAGCCAAAUCGAGAGUUUAUGGUUCGACCGGAUGCUAUACAGCAGCAGAAUAGAAUCCGGAGGUUUGCAUCUUUGUGGUGGAGGCAUUGCAGUGGUUAGUUUUCCUUUUGGUUCUUAAAGUUUGUUAAUGAGCAUUGGUUGUUUCUUUUUACGUUUCAAGGAGAAAAAAAUUAGAGAGAAAAGGAUCAGGCCGGGAAAGUGAAUCGUUGGCUUACUCAUUAUUAUAUUUAUUUAUAUUGUUGCUUAUAAACAAAUAAAAGCAAUGGCCUAUUGAUUAAAAAAGGUUUAAAUUUUGCUUGGUGAUGAUAUUAA